AUGGUCUCUCUCGCCCCCUUCGUCAACAAGCGCCCCUGGCUUCAAAAGCUGCUUAUGCCCGUGUCCAACUGGUACGCUGGUGCUUCGGGAUACCGUCAGCUCGGACUCAGGUACGAUGACCUCUUUGAGGAGGAGCGUGAGGCCGUACAGAUCGCCCUCACCCGCAUCUCCAACAAGGAGGCCUACGAGCGCGUCUACCGCAUCCGUCGCGCCACCCAGUGCAGCUACCAGCACAAGCUGCUCCCUCGCUCCGACUGGACCACCGAUGCUACUGAUAUCCGCUACCUGAGCCCCAUCAUCCGUCAGGUCGAGGCCGAGGAGGCCGAGCGCAACGCCCUCGAUGCCGCAUCCAUCGUCCGCAAGAACUAA